ACAAAAUUCUUCCUUUUUUCGGCUCGAUCUGUUGUACUCGGGUUUUACAGCACUAUACUGUAACGCGAAAUCCUGACCCAUCGACAUCAUGAUUGUUUACAGGGACCUUCUAUCCAAUGAUGAGUUGUUCACUGACAGUUGCAAAAUGAGAGAAGUAGAUGACAGUGUAUUCAUUGAAGUAGAAGGCAAACAUACUACAGAGUGCACCAAAGUUGAUGAUGCUAUGAUUGGUGGGAACAAGUCUGCCGAAUCUUUUGAGGAAGAAUCUGCCGAUGCAUCCACAAGUGGGGUCGACAUUGUCCUCCAAAACAGAUUAGCAUGGGUAGACAUGGACAAAAAAAAAUACCAGAAGUAUAUCAAGGCAUAUGUGGCCAAACUUGUGGAAAAACUUACCGAGACCAAGCCAGACUAUGUGGCUACGUUCAAGAAAAAAGCUAUACCAGCAGUGAAGAGGAUUCUCGAUAACUUUGAGGAGUGGGACUUCUACCGUGGAGAGACUGACUUUGAAGGGGCAAACGGAAUGCUUUGCAUCUUGGGAUAUCGUGAGGAUCAAACAACCCCCUAUUUGCUGUUUUUCAAAGAUGGACUUCUUGAAGAGAAAGUGUAACCAUGUCCAGACAAGGAGAUUACCCAAAUAUAUCUAUAACACAUGAGAAUUUCAAUUUUCUUUCCACUUGAAGAGGAAUUUUUAUUUUGAACAAGUCAGAAUAAUUGUCAUCACAACACUGUGUUGUACACUUGUGUUGUGUUUCCCUUAAAUCAGAUGUAGCUUAUUUGUAACCUGUCCAAAAUCAUCGUAAAGGAGUGAAGUUUUCUUGUCACAGGCCAUUAUUUUUAACAUCAAAAAAUUGGCGUAGGGUGGAGCUUUUCUUCUCUGCAGAGUAAGAAUUUUAUUGCUAGUAGCAAUCACUGGUUGAGUCGCUAAAAUUUACUGUAAGUAACAUUCUUGCUUGGCAAUGACAGGACAAAACAAUAAACAUGGUCAUUCUCAGUAA